AUGUGCAUGAGCAUAUCUCUUAUGGCACAAAAUUAUGAGGGGAGAUUGAUGGAAGGAUAUAAAGAUUUGAACUCCAGGACAGUUAUGAAUUUCGGAGGUGUCGAUAUGUGUUUAAGGAUGUUAACUAGGUCUGCCGAUCUGGUUAUGGUGUAUGGGUAUCCGUUCUUACCAUCUCAACUCCAACACAUUCUUCUAUACAAAAGAUACAUCGAUGAUAUCCUUAUUCUAUGGAAGAAGAUCUCAAAUAUUUCGACGCUAAUCGACUCCAUCAACAAUAACCCCUAUGGAUUAACGGUGGAAUUAGAUCAAGCCGACUCUACCCAAGCGCACUUCUUAGACAUUAACAUCAAAAUAGAGGGAUCAUCCAUCAAUACAGAAGUGCAUCAUAAACCAACCGCUCAACCUUUGUAUAUACCUGCAACAUCAUGUGACCCACCACAGUAUAAGAUGGCAGCAUUCAAUACACUAAUCAAAAGAGCAUAUUCACAUUCCUCGUCACAAUCAGCUUUCAAUUCUGAAAUGCGACGCAUAGAGCACAUUGCUAAACAACAUGGCUAUCACAACGUCUUAUGCAAGAUAAACAACAAGGUACUACAACAACAAUCCAACAACACCUCUCAUUCCAAUGAUUCCCUGGUUAAGUACAUACCANGAUUAAUCAGACAAUCAGAAAUAUAA